CCCGCCUCGCAGCCGCCGCGCCGGAGCCGCCGCGGCCGGACCCGAUGCCGGGAGCUGGGCGCUGAGGGCGGCCCCGACAUGGGGGUUCUCAGCAUCACGGACCAGCCUCCUCUGGUCCAAGCCAUCUUCAACCGGGAUGUGGAGGAGGUUCGGUCGCUGCUGAAUCAGAAGGAGAACAUCAAUGUACUGGACCAAGAACGCCGAACACCACUCCAUGCUGCUGCCUACAUAGGAGAUGUUGCAAUCCUCGAGCUCCUAAUCCUGUCAGGUGCUAAUGUGAACGCAAAGGACACGGUUUGGCUCACCCCGUUACACCGCGCUGCGGCCUCUCGGCACGAGAAGGCACUUCACCUCCUCCUGAAGCACUCUGCGGACGUCAAUGCCCGCGACAAGCACUGGCAGACGCCGCUGCACGUGGCCGCGGCCAACCGGGCCACCAAGUGCGUGGAGGCCCUGGUGCCCCUGCUCAGCACCGUCAACGUGGCCGACCGCACGGGCCGCACGGCGCUGCACCACGCCGUGCACAGCGGCCACCUCGAGAUGGUGAACCUGCUGCUGAACAAAGGGGCCAGCCCGAGCACUUGUGACAAGAAGGACCGGCAACCCAUCCACUGGGCAGCUUUUCUGGGGCAUUUGGAAGUUCUGAAGCUGCUGGUGGCCCGGGGAGCUGACGUGAUGUGUAAGGACAAGAAGGGCUACACCCUCCUGCACACGGCGGCGGCCAGCGGCCAGAUCGAGGUCGUGCGUCACCUCCUGAGGUUGGGGGUCGAGAUCGAUGAACCAAAUUCCUUCGGUAACACUGCACUUCACAUUGCCUGUUACAUGGGCCAAGACGCCGUGGCCAACGAGCUGGUCAACGUCGGUGCCAACGUCAAUCAGCCCAACGAGAAGGGCUUCACCCCCCUGCACUUCGCUGCCGUCUCCACCAACGGGGCCCUGUGCCUGGAGAUCCUCGUCAACAACGGGGCCGACGUCAACUUUCAGAGCAAGGAAGGGAAGAGCCCAUUGCACAUGGCUGCGAUCCACGGACGGUUCACGCGGUCGCAGAUCCUCAUCCAGAACGGCAGUGAGAUUGACUGUGCUGACAAAUACGGCAAUACCCCCCUCCACGUUGCUGCUAGAUACGGCCACGAGCUGCUAAUUAGUACUUUGAUGACGAAUGGUGCUGACACUGCAAGGCGUGGGAUCCACGACAUGUUCCCUCUGCACUUAGCUGUUCUCUUCGGAUUUUCAGACUGUUGUCGUAAGCUACUUUCCUCAGGUCAGUUGUACAGCAUCGUGUCCUCGCUGAGCAACGAGCACGUGCUGUCCGCAGGCUUCGACAUCAACACGCCUGACAACCUCGGGAGGACUUGUCUCCACGCUGCUGCUUCCGGGGGGAACGUUGAAUGUCUUAAUUUGCUGUUGAGCAGCGGUGCUGACUUGAGGAGGAGAGAUAAAUUCGGGAGGACUCCACUGCACUACGCAGCUGCCAACGGCAGCUACCAGUGUACGGUGACACUGGUGACGGCGGGAGCCAGUAUUAACGAGGCCGACUGCAAAGGCUGCACCGCCUUACACUACGCUGCUGCCUCGGACACGUACAGGAGAGCAGAGACUCAUUCAGGAAACAGCCAUGACACUGAUGAGGAGCCACUGAAGGAGUCCAGGCUGAAGGAGGCAUUCUUUUGUUUGGAGUUCCUGCUGGAUAACGGUGCCGACCCCUCCCUGCGGGACAAGCAGGGAUACACCGCUGUCCACUACGCGGCUGCGUACGGCAACAGGCAGAACCUCGAGCUGCUCCUGGAAAUGUCUUUUAACUGCCUGGAGGAUGUGGAAAGCACCAUUCCAGUCAGCCCUUUGCACUUAGCUGCCUAUAAUGGUCACUGUGAAGCCCUAAAGACACUUGCUGAGACCCUGGUGAACCUGGACGUGCGGGACCACAAGGGCCGGACAGCGCUGUACCUCGCCACGGAGCGGGGCUCCACGGACUGCGUGGAGGUGCUCACCAGCCACGGCGCGUCCGCGCUGGUCAAGGAGAGGAAGAGGAAGUGGACCCCUCUCCACGCUGCAGCUGCCAACGGGAACACGGAUUCCCUGCACCUCCUGAUAGACAGCGGGGAGCGGGCGGACAUCACCGACGUCAUGGACAUGCACGGCCAAACCCCACUGAUGCUGGCGAUCAUGAACGGCCACGUUGACUGUGUCCAUCUGCUGCUGGAGAAGGGAUCCACGGCUGACGCAGCGGACAAGAGGGGAAGGACUGCCCUGCACCGAGGGGCUGUGACAGGCUGUGAGGAUUGCCUGGCUGCUCUGCUGGACCACGAUGCCUUCGUCCUGUGUCGGGAUUUCAAGGGCCGGACCCCGAUCCACUUCGCCUCAGCGUGUGGGCACCUGGAAAUCCUGCGGACCCUGCUGCAGGCAGCCCUCUCCACUGACCCCCUGGACUCCGUGGUGGACUACAGCGGCUACUCACCGAUGCACUGGGCUUCUUACAGUGGGCACGAAGAUUGUCUUGAAUUGUUACUUGAACACAACCCGUUUGCGUACCUAGAAGGAAACCCCUUUACUCCAUUGCACUGUGCAGUAAUUAACAACCAGGAUGGCACUGCUGAAAUGCUGGUGGAAGCAUUAGGUGCCAAGAUUGUUAAUAGCAGAGAUGCCAAAGGAAGGACACCCCUUCACGCUGCUGCCUUUGCAGACAACAUCCAUGGUUUACAGCUGCUGCUGCGGCACCAGGCCGAGGUGGACACGGCGGACAAGCUGGGCAGGACCCCCCUCAUGGUGGCUUCUGAGAACGGGCACACGGCAGCAGUGGAGUUCCUGCUGUACCAAGCAAAAGCAAAUAUAACUGUGCUGGAUGUCAACAAGAACACAGCUCUUCACCUGGCCUGCAGCAAGGGCCAUGAAAAGUGUGCCUUGUUGAUCCUGGGGGAAACCCAAGACCUUGGCCUUAUCAAUGCAAGUAACAGUGCUCUGCAGAUGCCGCUCCACAUCGCGGCGCGGAACGGACUGGCCUCCGUCGUGCAGGCCCUGCUCAGCCGCGGGGCCACCGUGCUGGCUGUGGAUGAAGAAGGUCAUACCCCAGCCUUGGCAUGCGCUCCCAACAAGGACGUUGCCGACUGCCUGGCACUUAUCCUCUCCACCAUGAAGCCUUUCCCACCUAAGGACGCCAUCAGCUCUUUCAGCUUCAACCUCCUCAAGAACUGCGGCAUCGCGGCCAAGACGGCGGCGUGCGGGGCCCUCCCCAACGGCAGCUCCUGCCCCUACACCAAGGACCGGCACAACGCCAUCGGCCUGGACGGCUGUUACUCGGAGUAGCUUAAACUAUGGGUGACCUAAUAUCUUAUUAUAUUUAUUUAGAAAUUCUAUAAAUAUAGGGCACUUUAAA